ACGUCAAAGCCCCGUUUUUCUUUCGCACGGUCCGGUGGUGCUGCGUGAUCUCUCUCUCCGAAUUUUCCGUGUUUUCUGUGUAAACUUCCAUCCGUAAAACCGUGGAAAAAUGGCCUCAAUCAGUUUGUUGAACCCGAAGGCGGAAUUUGCCCGUGCCGCGCAGGCACUGGCCGUGAACAUCGGUGCCGCCAAGGGCAUCCAGGACGUGAUGAAGACCAACCUGGGCCCGAAGGGAACGAUGAAAAUGUUGGUGUCCGGCGCCGGUGACAUCAAAAUCACCAAGGAUGGCAACGUCCUUCUGCACGAGAUGCAGAUUCAGCACCCGACGGCGUCGUUGAUUGCCCGAGCCAGUACUGCUCAGGAUGAUAUGACUGGUGAUGGAACCACUUCCACUGUGUUGCUCAUCGGAGAGUUGCUGAAGCAGGCGGAUCUGUACAUUUCCGACGGAUUGCAUCCACGUAUCUUGGCCGAAGGCUAUGACCAGGCUCGUCAGCAGGCUCUGCAGAUUCUGGACCAGAUGGCUCAUCCGAUUGAGAUCAACCGGGAGGGUUUGUUGAAUAUUGCCCGCACAUCGCUCAGGACCAAGGUUCAUCCGCAGCUGGCGGAUUUGCUGACGGAUGUCUGCGUGGAAGCCGUGCUGGCCAUCCGGACCGAAGGAAAGCCGGUCGAUUUGCACAUGGUCGAGCUGAUGGAGAUGCAGCACAAGUCCGCCACGGACACCCAGCUGGUCAAGGGCAUCGUCAUGGAUCACGGUUCCCGGCAUCCGGAUAUGCCGAAGCGUCUGGAGAAUGCCUUCAUUCUGACGUGCAACGUUUCGAUGGAGUACGAAAAGAGCGAGGUUAAUUCCGGAUUCUUCUACAAGACCGCCGAGGAGCGUGAGAAGUUUGUGCUGGCCGAGCGGGAAUUCAUCGAGGAGCGUGUCAAGAAGGUCAUCGAAUUGAAGCGCAAGGUGUGCGAAGGAACCGACAAGACCUUCGUCGUCAUCAACCAGAAGGGUAUUGAUCCCAUGUCGCUGGACAUGCUGGCCAAGGAGGGAAUCAUGGCUCUGCGUCGUGCCAAGCGCCGUAACAUGGAGCGUCUGGCUUUGGCUUGCGGUGGAAUCGCCAUGAACUCGUUCGACAACAUGGACGAGUCCUGCCUGGGAUUCGCCGGUCUGGUCUACGAGCAUGUCCUCGGAGAGAACAAGUUCACAUUCGUCGAGGAGUGCAAGAACCCACUCUCGGUAACCAUCCUGAUGAAGGGACCCAACAAGUACACUCUGACCCAGAUUAAGGAUGCCGUCCGCGAUGGACUCCGUUCGAUCAACAAUGCCGUCGAGGACAAGAAACUCGUUCCGGGGGCGGGUGCCUUCGAAGUCCGCUGUCACAACAAGCUCAAGGACUACGCCAAGGACGUCAAGGGCAAAACCCGUCUGGCCAUUCAGGCGUACGCCGAUGCUCUGCUUGUCAUUCCGAAAGUGCUGGCCACCAACAGCGGCUACGACGCCCAGGACACCAUCGUUCGCCUGCAGGAGGAAAGUCGUCUCAGUGAGGACCCCAUUGGGCUGGACCUUUCGACAGGGGAACCGAUGAAACCCGUCGAUCUUGGGGUGUUCGAUAACUACAUCGUCAAGAAGCAAAUCCUCAACUCCUGCACUGUCAUUGCCAGUAACCUGCUACUUGUGGACGAGAUAAUGCGUGCGGGAAUGAGCAGUCUGAAGGGUUAAUCGAAUCGGAAGGAGCCCUGCUGAUCUUAACGUACGAUUACUUCAUGGCACGAUGUUUUGCCUAUCUCUGCUGUAUUGCUUACAAUUUAGUCCGCUGAUGUGCAUGGUCGUCAUGUUCUUCUAAUCGCUGUGUUCUACAUUAUUAUAACCAUUGCUUUAUAAUUCAUCUUACUCACCCACGAGGACGAAUCACACAAUAAAAUCAACGCUUUCACAUAAAAUAAAAAAA